ACAAUCAGCACCAUCAAACCGCCAUUAACGUCGUUCUCUCGUCGCUUGAUACGACUCGAAUUUGUUUAAACCCGCGUCUGUCCCGUCUGUCAACAGAGUGAAGUCAGUGAAGGGAUCAUCGGUGUAAACAUCGUCGGGUGAUUAGUGUAAGUCACCAUCUGAAAUACUCCGCGCGAGGUUUCUUUGUGGCGGCGGCAUGCGACUGUUCCAUUCAUAGCGGGCCAAUCAGCGCGCGGCGUGCUGCGGGGCUCCGUCCAAUAGCGGCGCUGCUUGUUGCGUGGCCUUGUUGCGACCGCGGACAGACAGAAGCAAGUGCACCGGUGUGAAGCUAAGCUAAGCUAACUCAGCCCCGUUACUGCCGCCGAAAUUUUCAUUUCUGCACCAGCUCCGCUCGCAGCAUUAGCGCGUAUCUGCUUUCGAAAAUUCCGCGCUACCCGGAAGUGUUCUAACUGUCGGGCUAAGAAGCAGAACGAGGUGUUUAUUCCAUCCGGCCGCUUCUCCCCCCCCCCGCUAGCAGGGGGAAGGCGCCAGUCUUGUUUGACAACAGCGCUGUUCGCUCACGUUCCCGCUGCUGCGGAUGUUGUUUGCAGCUGCGGACUGAAGCGGCAGAAAGAAACCCGAAACCUCGCAGCGGACUGAGAGAGCGAGAGCAAAGUGAAGAAGCAUGGCUGAAUUCCUCGUGGACCCGACGGUGCUCACGAAAGAGAAGCUGAAGAACGAGCUCGCCGCCAACGAUGUGCCACUUCCCAGCGGAGAGCACAAGAAAGAAGUGUACGUGCAGCUGUACCUGAAGAACUUAACCGUGCUGAACAGCAAGACGAGCCCGCCAGCAGACACCUUCUCCAGCGACGAGGAGCUGCCCGCCCCCGUGGUGUCCAACAAGAGCCGCUCUGGAAGAAAAGCCACCAAAAAAACAGACAAGCCUCGCACAGCAGAAGUGGAGGUGACAGAUCUCACAGAUGAAGAUCUGAAACAACAGCUGGCAAAGCAUGGUGUGGAGUCAGGGCCCAUUGUUGCCUCUACACGUAAAGUGUAUGAGAAGAAGCUGCAGAAGGUUUUGGAUGAGCCGCCGGCUGAACCUGAAGCUCCUACAGACAUAUCAGCUCUCCCCAAGGCAGAUUCUAACCAGAACGGCAACACAAACUCUGACCACUACAGCGACAAGGAAGAUGAGGAGAUUGCUGUGCCAGAGACAGAACCAGAACCAGAGCCUGUUCCUGUGGUAGAGAGGCCUGUGAGGAGCAGAGGUAAAGCUCCCGUCACUGCCAGGACCAGCAGCAGUAGACGACAAACCAAGGUGGUGGAGGAAGUUAUUAUUGAAGAGACGCCAAAGAAGGCCAGCAAGAGCGUUGUUGAAGAUAUCCUUGCCAAUGAGAUAAGCACACCAACAGGCAUCAGUGCAAGCUGCAGGCGUCCGAUCCGAGGGGCGGCCGGUCGACCUCUAAAACCGAGCGAGUACUGGCUGGAUGAGUCCCGCCUUUUGCGCAGCGUCCACACCGAGAGCCGCACUUACUCAGAGUCCUUUUCUCGACCGGGCAGUACCGUCUCUUCAAGCAAACCCUCAGGCCGACGAGGCUUUCUGUCCGUGUUGCUCACGCUCCUGCUCCUCGUUGUCGUGGGUGGUUCUCUCUACUAUGCCUGCCAGAACCUGGAUGUAGAACAGAUCAACACCCUCAAAGGCCUCUUGGACGGCGUCAUCGUCCCGCUCCAGGGUAUUGCAGACAACGCAGCCAGCUACCUGGGCAUCAGCAGCAGCGCCGGUGCUGCAGACAACGCUGGCAACUAAAGACCCUCAGCAGUCCCUCGCCAUGUCCACAUCUGCCUCCCUGCCACAGCACACCACAGCUCCAGCAGAAACCUCGGCUCACCUCUUAUCUUUUCCUACACGGUCGGGAAAAAGGACACAGUUUCAAUCGGAAUGAAAACUUUCUCCUCUCUCCGUUCCAGCUUUCCUCCCACCACACGAGGGAGGUAUAACUCAAACUGUAGCUUCUCGAUAACACUGUUUUUGUGGCAGUCAGAAGAGACUCAUUUUAAUGUUGAUUUUAACCUGUGAAUUGUUUGUGUCUUUGUGCGUAUUUAACCCUCGUCUGUAGAAAAAAGUGCAGAGUGGAGAGGCCAGUUUAUUCAUGCAUGGUUCUAGUUUUUGAAGGUCAUACUGUAGUUUGUAAUGCUCCGUGCCAGGUGUUUUUCUGAUGGUGAAGUGCCUGGACACUGUUAGCACUUAGUGCCCUCCCCUCAAGCACAAAGCAGCGCUACUACUAAUACCAGAAUGUCUUCAUGUGUUUCUCUAUGAAUUUCAGAAUUUGCUCAGUAGCUGUAGACUUAGGUAGAACAACGCAUUAUUUCUAUGGUGCUCAGGUCAAUUCAGCUCAAACCUUUUUGUGUUCGUCUGUGCUGGGAGGAGACACAUGGUCAGGUCACAUCACUGCAUGAUCAGCCCACAGUCAAGGUGAAAUUAUAACUUUGUUUUAAUCUACCACUGCUUGACUCAUCCUUAUUUGGGGCUUCAUGUCUCUGGCUGAUUAUUCUGGUCCCUCUGUAUUGUUAUCAUGGCUUUUACUGUCAAUAGAUGAUGAAACUUUAUCACUUGCGACAUCUUGUUUCAGCAUCCUCAUCAAUUUGCAAACGACUUUUUUAGUGUUGAUUAUCUACAAUUUAUCUGACAUUGCAGUGUUUGAUCAUAGAUUGAUUUCUCCAGCCCUGCCGGUGUGCCCAUAUGAGUUGACAUGCUUUGGGUUUUUAGUGCUCUAUUGUACCGUCUUUAUUUCGCUCUUUUUUUUAAAUUAGAUCUCUGAUCCUUCGGUCCUAAACGCAGGACUGGCUGUUGACGUGCACCCACAUAGCCCACCACACUGAUUGCAUGUGUCCAGACACGGCAGAUUUACCAAGAAAACGCAAGGAGAAAGUAAAUCUUUUUUUGGGACAAUUAAUCGGUGUAUUCUCUUCAGAGCUCUCGACUACUUCUGCCUGUGCAAAUUACCAGAAUUAAGAUGCUGUAGGUUUCUGUGGGGUGUGUGGAUUUAUUCACUGGAGGUGAUGUCAGGGAGUGGGAGGACUUCUGGGGCAUCUUUGUUUCUAUUUUCAUAUUUUUCUAAAGUCACAUUUUUUACAGCACAUUUUAAGGUAACAUUUGAAAGCAAUAUGUAAAACAUGCAAGUGUGAAACUGUAUCUUAAUCUGAACCUUUCUGACUUAACACAACUGAUUCAUCAGCAGGCAGCUCUCCCACAUUGGACAGAAACGACAGGGGUUAUGUGGGUAAGGAUUUUGAAUCUGUUUAUUUAUGAUAAUGUAGGCAGUGUAUCAUAAAAUAAACUUGGUUGUUACAAGA